AUGGCCCUGCCCUUUGUCAUGCUGCUGCCGCUGCUCAUUGUGGUGGCUGCAGGAGUUUACUACAUCUACAACGAGGUCAUGCAGUUCAUGUCCAAGUCCUUAGUGCAAAACAAAGUGGUUGUGAUCACGGACGCUGUGUCAGGAGCGGGAAGUGAGUGCGCCCGUCUCUUCCACAAGGGAGGUGCCAGACUGAUCCUGUGCGGGCCAAGCUGGGAUAAGCUGGAGUCCCUCUACGACUCUCUGACUAAUGAUGCCGACCCGAAGGAGACAUUUGCCCCAAAGCUGGUGAUUCUGGACUUCAGUGAUAUGGACAGCAUGGAGGACGUUGUGUCUGAGGUGGUGGACUGUUACAGCUGUGUGGACGUGCUGAUCUGUAACAGCAGCGUGAAACUCAGAGCUGCUGUUCAGACGGUCUCUCUGGAACUGGAAAGAGACGUCAUGGAUAUCAACUACUUUGGACCGAGCACUCUGGUCAAAGGUGUACUUCCGAUGAUGAUCUCAAGAAGAUCGGGGCACAUUGUGCUGGUCAACAGCAUCCAGGGCAGACUGGCCGUCCCCUUCAGGAGCUCAUAUGCAGCGUCGAAGCACGCAACUCAGGCCUUCUUUGAGUCCCUGAGGGCAGAGGUGGAGGAGUAUGGGAUUGUCAUCAGCACCAUCAGUCACACCUUCAUAAACGCCUCCCCGCUGCCGCCACCGCCGCCGGCCUCUGAGGAGUCCGGCCUCAAACCUAAACCCAAACCAAACAGCUUGGCUGCCUUUAUUGCUGGCCAGCUGACUCAUGGCGUGCGUCCUGCUGUUCUGGCCAAUGAGAUCAUGCAGACAGUGAACAGGAAGAAGAAGGAGGUGAUGCUGGUCCACCCCAUCCCCAGAGUGGCCCUCUACCUCCGCUCCCUGCUUCCCUCCUUCCUCUUUGCAGUGCUGGCGGCUGGAACCAAGGAUGCAGUUUUUGUUGAGCAGAUGCAGUAGGAGAAAUGAUGAAACCAAAGAAAUGCAAAUAUAUUACAAGGCCAAAUAAUAAGAAUAAUCAUUUCAUAUUUGCUACUACAUGAAGAGAAAGAAUAAGUUCUACUUAAAAGAGAGGCCAUUAGAAAGUAGUGGAGAUUAAUAGGAAAGGCUCGAAAAGUUUGACAUGUAUUGAACAUGAUGAUGAGACGUAAAUGCAAAAUGCAAGAAUAAAAAAAUGUGCAUUCUGUAGUAGAAUUAAAGUUCAUUGUGCUGCGACCUGUUUUACAUUCAUUCUGAAAGCUGGAAUAUGCAGAUUUAUAAAUGCAAUGUUAGUUUUAAAAUUACCACCAGCAUUGCAUAUCUAUAUAUAAAGAGCAGAAAUUUGGAGAUAUUUAGAGAUUUGAGAUGCUGUGGAGAAAAUCAUCAUAGCAAAGGAAAUGUCGUUCGACAUAUGACCUCUAGGUGGCAGUAACAUAUAGUUGUUCAUGCUGCAGAUCCUCUUUCAGUCAGUUCAUGUGGGGUAAAGUAUUUAUUUGUGUGAUCUUGAGAAAACAGUCUGAUCAGUUUGAUUGUUUUAUGAUAUUUUGUGUUACAAAGCUGCACAGUAACAAUGAACAGAUUUUCUCUUUUCUUUGGAAUUUGAUGUUGAAAUAAACAUUUCUAUGA